UUCUUGUCUUUGUAUCCAUCAAACUUUAGCGCAUCAUAUCAACAAUGCGAGAAUUUCACGUCAUUUCGACUUAACCUAAAGAAAUAAUGGAGUUUCUUCUUUGGUUCACACUCCUUUUUCUAACCGCUUUAAUCUUCUUUUUCUUCUUCCCUAGAACUAGAAAGUCCAAGUCCUACAGGCUCCCUCCGGGGCCACCUGGAGUGCCAAUUUUCGGCAACUUGUUCGACCUCGGACCCGAACCGUACAAAACAAUUGCGGGCAUGAAAGAAAAGUACGGCCCAAUUGUUUGGCUAAGAAUAGGCUGUAUAAACACCAUGGUUAUCCAGACAGCCGAGGUUGCCGGCGAGCUGUUCAAGAACUAUGAUGUCUCGUUCGCCGGCCGCCAAAUCGCCGAGGUUCACCGGGUGCACGAUUUUGUGAGCGGGUCAGUGGCGUUAGCCCAGUACGGGCCCUACUGGCGGGUGUUAAGGCGGAUCUGCACCGUGGAAAUGUUCACGACCAAGAAGAUCAACGAGACAGCCGGCGUGCGGCGAAAGUGCGUUGACGAUAUGGUUGCCUGGGUUGAGAAAGAAGCGAGAGAGACGACCGACCAUGGGAAAGGGAUUCACGUCGCACGUUUUGUUUUCUUAGCGUCGUUUAAUAUGGUCGGGAACAUGAUCCUGUCGCGUGACUUGGUCGACCCUGAGUCUGAAACGGCAAAGGAAUUCUUUGAUGCCAUGAUGGGAAUAAUGGAAUUGGCAGGCCGUCCCAACGUUUCAGACAUAUUUCCGUGGCUCAAGCGGUUUGAUCUUCAGGGAGUGAAGAGGGAAAUGGAGAGAGAUCUCGGGAAGGCCAUGGAAAUUGCCGCGGGUUUCUUGAGGGAACGAAUGGAAGAAGUGAAACUGGGUGGAGAGAAGAAGAAGCAAGACUUCUUGAAUGUGUUGUUGGAAUUCAGGGGGAGUGGAAAGGAUGAACCAUCUAAGCUAUCUCAACAUCAAAUUCUCAUAUUUAUCUUGGAAAUGUUUUUUGCUGGUACAGAGACAAGUAGCAGCACAGUGGAGUGGGCAAUGACUGAGCUUCUACGCAAAUCAGAAGCAUUUGCCAAAGCGAAAGCCGAGAUCUCAGAGGUUGUAGGAUCAACCAGGAAGCUUGAGGAGAGUGAUAUUAAAAAUUUACCAUAUCUCCAAGCUGUGAUCAAAGAAACCCUUCGUUUGCACCCUCCGGUUCCAUUGUUGGUUCCAAGAAAAGGAUAUGAAGACAUCAAAUUCAUGGGAUAUGACAUACCCCAAGGCACUCAAGUUUACAUCAAUGCUUGGGCAAUCGGAAGAGAUCCCCAGUAUUGGGAAGAUCCAUUAGAGUUUAAGCCUGAAAGGUUCCUGGAUUCCAAGAUCGAUUUUAAGGGUCAGCACUUUGAGUUGAUACCAUUUGGUUCAGGGAGGAGGGUUUGUGUUGGGCUUUCUUUGGGGAACCGCAUGGCACACUUUGUUUUGGGUUCACUGCUCCGGGAGUUUGACUGGGAAUUGGAUCAUGCAAUUGAUCCCAAAAAUAUGGAUAUGCGUGAAAGGAUGGGCUCAACUGUGAGAAAACUCCAGCCAUUGCAAGCAAUACCAAAAAGGAAAUGCUAACCAGCCCUGAUUAGGAGCAUGUAGCAUGUAUUAUAAAUAAAGGGUCAUUAAAGACCAUCACUUGAUUCCCUAUCCAACUUAUACUCAUGUGCUCAUAACAAGGAGAUUUUGAU